AGCCGGCCGCUCCAGAGCCAGCUGAGGUGACCGCUCCUGAGCCAGCUGAGGUCACCGUUCCUGAGCCAGCUGAGGUGACCCUCCAGCCUGCGUCCGAGCCGGCCGCUCCCAGGGUCGCCGGUGCCAUGUCGGGCCACCACCGGAAGCGCGGCCGCUGGGCGGCGGCGGCGGCGGCCGAGCCGGACCACGUGCGCCGCCAGGUGGAGGCGCUGUUUAGCCGCCGGUUCGACUUCUGCGCGGCCGAGCACGACUGGAGGCUGCCGGAGCCGGAGCACAUGUUCCCUGAUGACGAGUGGCAGGUGGCAGAGCUGCAGACUAUGAAGCACGAGCUGAACGCCGUCAAGGCGCUGCUUAGUGACAAGGACAUCUCCACCUGGCACGAGCACACAUCGGCCACAAACCGGGCUGGCCUGGUGGUGCCCACAGUCAAGCGUCACAUUCGGCCCGAGAUGGGCACACAGGCGUGGUGCAAGUUUUACGAGCUGCUGAGCCUGGGCUCUGUGCUGCCGCCGGCCUGUGCGGACGGCGGCCGGCUGGUGUCGCUGCAUCUCUGCGAGGCUCCCGGCGCCUUCGUCACCGCUCUCAACCACUACUGCAUCCUGAACGGUGUCGAGGAGGUCGGCAGGCAGCCGCCCAAGCUACUCGUGCUGUCGGUGGGCGGUCUGCGCCACGACUACCUGAGCUUGGUGCCCCCGGCGCAGCUGCCCUUCUUCACACACUUCGUGCGGUAUGGCGCACGCUCCGAGUGGCUCAACCCGACCUUCCCGUCCGAGGGCAUCGCCACGCGGGCAUCCUUCUUCACCGGCCGCUACCCGGAGAAACACGGCAUCCUGGGCGAGCACUUCCUCGACCGGCAACGCGGCGAGCUGCGAGGGGACGGCCCGGCCGGCCACUCGGCCACCGACCCGGCAUGGUGGGACGGCGUCGUGCCCCUCUGGACCUCGGCCGUCAAGCAGUGGCGUCGCACAGCUGUGUUCAACGUCCAAGGCGCCUGUGUGCCCAUUGAUGGCAGCAAUAUCAGCUUUUGUCAGGCGCCGGGGCAGGCCGGCGAGUUCGAGGAGAGUCUGACGCUGGCGCUGGACCGCCUGUUCGCCGAGGCCUACCCGUGCAAUAUGGCCAUCGUGCACACGGACGAGCUGCGGCGGACCGCCGAGAAGCACGGCGCUACGUCCGAGGCCGUGCUGGAUGCGCUGCGCGCACUCGACGGCCAGCUGCAGACGCUCGACCGCGUCAACGUCGUCAUCGUGUCGGACGGCGGCCUGACGGACACGGCUGACAUGAAGGUGAUCUCGGUGGACAGCCUGCUGCCGUCCGAAGCUCCCGUCACCGUCGCCGGCGACGGUGCCGCCUGCCUCGUCUACAUGGCCGGGGAGCACGCGACGGCUGCACACGCGCAGGCGCAGGCCGUGCCGGGCGUGCGCGCGUACCUGCGCGGCGCCAUUCCCGCGCGCAUGCGGCUGGCGCACGGGCAGCGCGAGCCCGACCUCCUCCUGGUGGCCGAGCCAGGCUACUACCUGGAGCACGAGCGGCCACUGGCCGUGGAAGCGGCAGGCGGAUACGACGACACGGCCGGCGGCGUGCCGGACAUGCGCGGCGUGCUGCUCGGUCGCGGCCCCAGUUUCCGCGCCGGGGUCACCGUCCAGCAGGUGAACGCCGUCGACGUGUAUGCCAUGCUCGUCGCGCUCAUCCAGGUGACGCCCGAGGUGCACAACGGCCACCUGGACAACGUCUCCGACAUGAUCAACUGGUGA